AAACCCCGAACCUGUGUUUGUCUUGUGCAAGUGUCUUCUCAAGUUGCUGAGCCAGCCUAUUGCGCUCUGAUCAACUGGAGUCACCUUCGCAGUUCCUCCAUAAAACCGCUUUCAGUGACGUGCAUUGUUGGAUUUUCACCGCCGUUUAAACUCGCUGAUUGGGUUGACUCCUCUGAACCCUGGGCCAGCUUUCACUUAUACUUCUACCUACCCACUGAUCUUUAUCGCAACUUGACUUGUCGGAGACACACUCAAGUUCUUGCUUCGGGCCGGCUAUUCAUCACUUCGGAUCUUCCAUCGAUUUUCCGAGAGAUAGAUGUGUUAUUAUCUUUUGGGUGUGAUCUGGCUGCUUCAGCUGAACUGGCUCCUUUUGGCUGCAUGCGAUGAUCAUUGCGUUACAAACCUCACGAAAGCAUCCGUUGAUGAGUACGCGCGGCAAGCCAGUCCGCCCUUUGAAGGGCUCACUCGCGCCAUUCAAACUUCUCUUCCGAAUGUUCCGAUCGGGCAAGUUAACGCUUUGAUAGAGCCAAUCCGUCAAAAGGCCUAUGAUGCAGUCCAUGGAGAAGUUGUGAAGGGGCUUCACUUGACUUCUGCCAAAAAGGCAAACCAUUCAGGUUCCAUGAACUUAACGUCUGAGAAACUUGCUUCCGGUGUGCUUCAGGUCGCAUGUAUGGUGCUUAACGAGACACUUUCCGCUGUCAGCAAAACGAUCGCCGCGUUGGAGGCUUCCAACAAAAGACCUCCGGGCGUGAUACCUUCAACGCCUCCAGCCAACACUCCGCCAGAUCAAACUCCGGGCAGGCCUUUUGCAGUUUCAACCAUCCCUAGCAAAGCCCCAGGAGCACCCAAGUUACCACCGAAAGAAAGCCAUGAAAUUCUAACUCCCAGAGACUCUUCAGCACCUGCUGUUUCAGACGCACAGGAGGUUGGAAGGCCUCGAGCACUCUCUUUCCGUCCCCCCUCGGCAGACUUUCGGCCGAUCCCCGAGCCCACUUCGCAAGACCGAUGCGCCAUCAAAUUCAUCAAACACAUAGUUUGCCUUCGAAACUUGCCUUACGCUUCAGAUAUUCAUAAGAGAGGUUCAAUCGCUACGUCUAAGUCACCCAUGUCGACCUUAUUAUCAUCACACUACGGACAGGCUUUCAGUUCAAUUUCAAAAAGGAGCUUACUUACUGAUCAACAGAUUCCGAAAGGGAUUUCUCGAAUCUACAUGUUGACUAGCAUUCUAGUCAAAUCACCUUCCGAUGAAGUGACUAGCGAGAAGAGCCCACCGGAAGCACCGGAUCCAUUCGAUCAUGAGAUUGAUUCGCAGAACGUGCAAUUAUCUAUUAAUCCAAGUCAGACCAAAUUCCUUCAGCUCGAAUCUGGGAAAGAAAGCGAGUCUCGCAGGCAUGUUGAAAGGAUUCUCCGGGAUACUGUGAGGUUAUUAGAUGCUCGUUUUGAAACCAACCGAGGAUUAUUGCGGGAGCAUGUUGCGCCAUCGAGUGAAUAGUCCGACCUUUCAGCAAAAGACAUUGUCGACGACCACUACCAGGGCUCGGAGCUUGAGGCUUCAUCAGCUCUUAUUUUCAUUCACAAAAGAGAGCGCUCACUUCUAAAUUCACUGUAGUUUGCUUCAACUGCAUGUGUUGGUCAUUUUGUUAUCAUUCUUUGAAACCGCAGCACUUCACACAUUGUAUACACCUCCAAACGUCGAAUGCUGUCAAGUCCUACACUUAUAACUUUAACAGAUGAAUUUGUAAAAAAAGCAAUGAUUUUCACCGUCAGCCCACUGUGAUCAUACUUCAGGAGUUGGGGAAGCUUCC